CCUUCCUCACGCUUCAGGUUAAACAUGGCAGCGCUCUUGAGAUCAGCGCGAGUGUUAAAGUUAUCUCCCUCUUCCCUGCUCCAGGUUGUAGGGGUGACAAAGCAUGGAGCACCGCUUCGCAGGUUGUUCAGCGGUGCAAUCGGUGGCCGAGGAAUCGGACUCUGCACAAGCCAAGGAGUUUCCAGAUCUGUCAGUGUAAACAGGUCCUGGUCGUCCUGCAGAUUGCUGUGGCCCUCAGCGGCGGGCGUGAGGCGCUAUGCGGCGGUCCCUGAGCAGCAGGGCAAGGAGGAGGGCAGCGUGGGUCUGCGCUCCAAGCAGGCCCAGCAGUUUGACUGGGCACUGGCCAAGCUGGACAGCUCUGUGCGCCGCACCGGACGCAUCACCAAAACACUGCUGCUGCGCAUCUUCCACGACAUUUGCCGCUCAGGCUACCCGAGUGGGAACCAGGCCCUGCUGCUGCUGCGGAGCUGUGGCUCUCUCCUGCCAGAGGCUCCCUUCACCGAGCGCACCGAGCUGGCACACCGCAUCUGGGACAAGCUGCAAGAACUGGGUGCGUCGUAUGAUGCCAGCCAUUACAAUGCCCUCCUGAAGGUGUACCUACAGAACGAGCACAAGUUCUCUCCCACAGAGUUCCUGGCCAAGAUGGAGGGCGCCAAUGUGCAGCCAAACAGGGUGACCUACCAGAGGCUCAUCGCAGCCUACUGCCAGGAGGGCGAUAUAGAGGGAGCCAGUAAAAUCUUGGGCUUCAUGAAGGGCAAGGACCUGCCAAUCACUGAAGCCGUUUUCAACUCCCUGGUGACUGGCCAUGCUCGGGCAGGGGACAUGGAGAGUGCAGAAAGCAUCCUAAAUGUCAUGAAAGGAGCAGGCAUUGAGCCUGGACCAGACACAUUUGUGGCACUGAUGACUGCUUACGCAGAGAAAGGAGACAUCGAAAAGAUCAAACAGACUCUGGAGACGGCGGAGGGCUCUGACGCCAGCCUGAUGGACAGGGACCUGAUGCAGGCGGUCUUCAGCCUGGCCAGAGCAGGACAUGCCCAGCACGUGCCCGUCAUAGUGGAGCGCAUGCGUCAUGAGAGGGGCUAUGUGCCAGACGCCAUGAACCUAUGCCUGAGCCUGAUCACCCAGGGUCAGGAGGACACUGCGUACACCGUGCUGAAGACCUUCCCCCGACUGCAGGAGGAGGGACAGAGUGGGGAGACGCCUGACCUGGGCAACUUCUUCCUACGCCACUGCAUCAACAUGGACAAGCCCGUAGAGAAGCUGGCCCACUACUGCAGAGACCUGAAUGACUCUGGACUGCACGCCAGCCCCAUGCAGUUUGCUCUCUACUGCGCCCUGGAGGCCAAAAAGACCGGUCUGGCGGUUGAGCUGAUGAAGGUGAUGAAGGAUGAAGGCCUCCCUGUCCGUCCGCACUAUUUCUGGCCACUGCUCACACACCACCAGCGAGAGAAGAACACACCUGUUCCAGUGUCCUCUCCUUCUUUCCCAUCUGUUGACCUGAGUACUUUCAGAUCGAGCCUCAUCUCUGGCUUCAGAAGAUCAAAUGAUGUCGAGAGCAUGGCAAAGGUCACUGAGCUUCUGUAUCAGGAUAAGAGAUUCUGCCCUCCUCCCCAUGAGCCCAAAGAAUACGUGGCCUACUUCCUGUAUAACCUGAUUGACGGCAUGGGCUCUUCAGAGGUGCAGGCUAAUGAGGACACGCUGCGGAAGUAUUUUACCCAGCUCAAAAGCCUGAAUAUCUCCAUCCCCGUGACCGUGUACAGGGGCAUCCGCAACCUGCUCGACUCCUACCACGUCCCCGAACUCAUCAAGGACGUCAUAAUCCUGGUCGACAACAAAGAAUCUGUUGGCUUCAUGGAGAUGCGUGUCCCAAAGGGUGUGGAGGGUAAGCUUGCUAUGCUGGAGGGGCGUCUGUCUGAGCUGAAGGCUGAAGGGAAGCCCGUCAACACCAUCCUCAAACAGCUCAUCCAGACACUCUGUACAGAGGAGAAACUGGACCGUGCUCUGGAGCUGAAGACUCAGAACGAGGAGCACAUGGCGAUCGGGGGAUACGCCGCCCUGAUCAAUCUCUGCUGUCGCCAUGACAAUGUAGAUGAGGCCAUGAACCUGAAGAGAGAAAUCUCUCGUAAGGACUCAUCAGUUGCGCUGGAUUCCAACAAGUACAUGACUCUGGUGCGCUCGCUGGCAAAGCAUGGCCGUCUAGAGGAGGCGGUGGCCCUGCUGAAGGAGAUGAAGGAGAAGGACGUGUCCCUGAAGGACAGCAGCUCGGUGCUGCUCUUCCACACGCUCAACGCCGCCGCGCUCAAGGGCGAGGUGGACACUAUCCGCCAGCUCCAGGACACCGCCUUCACCCUCGGACUGGCCAAGCCUACCGCCAACCUCUGCUCGCCGCUCAUCACCGUGUACCUGGAGAGCUACAGUGCCAUGUCCCGCAUCCCAGAAUUCAAGCUGAGCGACAUGGCCAGCAGUCUACUUCUCAUAACGCAUGCCAAGAGGGACCAGGUCAAAGAUGCCAAGGACAUAAUGCAGAGCAUGCUACAGGCAGACCAGGUACCCAGCCAACUGGCCAUCACCCGAUUGGUCCAGGCCAUGGGUAGCCAUGGCGACUUGCAGGGCAUCCAGGAAGUGGAAGAGAAGGUGAAAUCGAUCGGUGCUACCCUGAACCUUAGCGCCAUGGUGUUCAUCAACAACACAGCACUGGCACACAUUAAGAACGGGGACAUCGAGAGUGCAGUGGAGACCCUGGAGAACGUGUACACCCAGGGAGGGGACACUAACCGCGCCAUCAGCAUCUCCUUUGUCUUCCGAAAGGUCCUGGAGCAGAAGAACGAUCAGGCACUGGACAAAUUGGCCGCGAUGGCAGAGAGGCUGGCCAAUCACUUUGCUUCGUACCGGGCAGCCACAGACCUGUUCCUGCAGUAUCUGGACUCUGGGCUCAAUGAGGAGGCCAAGUUCAUGUUAGCGCGCUGUAAUGCCAUUGCCGAGCAGAAGGACUUCCUGUUGUCAUACGUUGCCAGGACGUCCCAACAGCCUGGAGAAGUGAAAAAAAUUACGGCACUUGCAGAGAUGAUUCCAGACUUUACAGACAAAGAGACCCUGUACUCAUACCUGAUGAAGAGUUAUGGUGUGGAUAAGGACUUGGCGUCGGCGAAGUCUCUGUAUGAGCGUGUGCAAAUGGAGGGGCUGCAGAUGGAUGAGUUGUUUAUGAAGAGGCUGGCGCUGCUCUACAGGGAGGCAGGAGAGGCCACGCCAUUCCAGGAGCCCCCGGAAUCGUUUAAGUUCUACGCCAACAAGCUGAGGGAGAAAACGAAGGGCCAAAUCGAGAGUGGGGACGACUGAGGCCGCCGAAUCGAUCCACCGUCCGACUCCGCGGGGACGACUGAGGCCGCCGAAUCUGUCCACCGUCCGACUCUGCGACGUUCCCAAUAUGUUGACGGACUUCUUUUUUUUUUUUUAUAUGUGUAUGCACAAGUAUAAAUUAUGUGUAUAAAUGUGAUUCUGUUAGACUUGUUAGCCUUGUCCCAGGAAGUUGAUGAUUUUGAAGAUGAUGUACAGAGGUAUUUAUGGUAAUAAACAAAUGACAUUUAA